AUGGAUCCGCUCAGCGUCACAGCCAGCAUCAUCGCAGUUCUCCAGCUCUCAGCCAAGGUCCUCGAGUACCUAAGCGACGUUAGAGAUGCCCCGAAAGAACGCUCGCACUGCGAGGCUGAGAUAUCGAACCUUUCCACCCUACUUCGUGCCUUGCGAGAUUACUUCAAGCAGGCGCUUGAAGCGCUGCAGACUAAGAUUACAGAUAGAGGUUGGUUAAAGAAAUUAGGUGAAGCGCUCGUGUGGAAGUUUAAGAAAGAGGAGAUUGCUAGUAUAUUAGAUCGAAUAGAGCGUUUGAAGUCGCUCGUAGAGAUCGCGUUGCAGAUAGACUACUUUAAACUCUCUAAAGCUAUUAAAGAAGAUACCCACUUCGUUCGGACACAUGUACCUGUCAUCCAGUCAGGUGAGGGAACAGGCCAAUGGUUUCUAGAUGCGCCUCAGGUGGCCACGUGGCUUAGUGAACCCCAGGCAAGACUCUUCUGCCCAGGUAUCCCGGGAGCUGGCAAGACCAUGGUAGCCGCCAUCACGAUCGACCAUCUGUUAAAAUUAGUGCAGAGCAGCUCAUAUGGAGUUGCUUACGAUACUUCGAGGAUAUUGGCAGCUAUCCUUAAGCAGCUGGUGCAGGCUCGACUGUCACUAGUGGAUCCCGUGGAACGGUUGUACAAACAGCAUGCUAACAGAGGAACCAGGCCAUCACCUGAUGAGGUCUUCGGUGCACUCCUAGAUGUACUUAAACGUUACUCUACUGUCUAUAUUGUGGUUGAUGCUCUGGACGAAUGUCUAGACAGCGACGGCACUCGGCGCCAGUUUUUAGCCAAACUCCGCGGUCUUCAGGCGGAAAGUGACGUUCGCCUAAUGGCCACUUCGCGUUUUAUCCCAGAGAUUGUUGACAUGUUUAAUGAAGGGCUAAAGCUGGAGGUGCAGGCUAGUGAAGAGGAUGUAAAGCGAUUCGUCGCUGGCCAGAUAUGUCGACUACCAGAGUGUAUUCAACGUGACCCUAUGCUACAGGAGUCUGUCCAGGAAAAUAUCGUAGAGGCGGUAGACGGCAUGUUUCUUCUUGCUCGCCUCCACACUGAUUCGCUGCGAGACAAGAGAACGGCGAAGGGCGUGAAGUCAACACUAGCUAAGCUCUCCAAAGGCUCAGCCGCACUUGAUGACGCAUACAAGGAGGCAAUUCAACGCAUAAAGGGCCAAUUAAGCGGAGAUUUCGAACUAGCCAAAAGAGUACUGUCGUGGAUCACGUAUGCGAAACGGCCGCUUACCGCGGCAGAGAUCUGCUGUGCUCUGGCAGUAGAGACGGACGAGAAGGAGCUCGAUCCCGAGAACAUACUUAAUGUUAAGGACUUAUUAUCCGUGUGUGCUGGACUGGUCGUCGUUGACCAAGAAAGUGCUAUCAUCCGUCUUGUGCAUUACACCACUCAAGAAUAUUUCGAACGUAUCCAAGAUGCAUGGAAUCCAGGCGCUCAACAAUACAUAGCCUCGACAUGUCUCACGACUCUGCUAUAUCUUGCAGCAGAACAUGGACAUCAAAGAAUAGUGGAGCUGCUGCUUGACAAGAGCGCCGACGUUGACGCGCAGGGCGGAGAGUAUAAUAACGCACUGCAGGCAGCUUUAGCUGCAGCUAUUGUCGAGCUCUUACUCAACAACGGCGCUGAUGCCUCGCGAGACACGACCGAUAUCAACAACAUGACUCUACUGCAUUACUGCGUCAAGCACGGCCACAAAUCUACAAUAGGAUUGCUUCUUGACAAUAGUCUGUCCAUUAAUGUCGGUGUCCAUCGAAAGUCGUGGUCUCGGAAUACUUUGAAGACCGACACCUUUUACCAAUCAUCAGUCUCGGAGUCCGAGCCCGACAUUCCGGGCACUUCAGCUGGCCUAACACCUUUACACUUUGCAGCCCUAACUGGCAAUUUAGUCAUGACUAAGUUCCUUCUAGAGCGUGGCGCUGAUCCGAACGCUUUGUCCAGAUACAACGAGUCCCCGAUGCAUCUCACGUUGCGUAAAGCCCUGCAUGGACCAAGAUAUAACGACGAUUGGGCCAACGAAGAUUUCUGGAUAGAAAGCCUGUGGGAGCUCGUGGGAAUUGUUGAAGAAGACGAGUUUGAUGAAAUUUCUGCGAAUAUAGCAGAGCAUCGCGAAGGUGUGCUUGAUGCUCUGCUCGCAGAUACUCGGACUAGUCUGGCGAUUAGAGACUAUCAAUAUAACUACCCUUUGCACUGCAUUAGGUAUAGAGAGCCUGGAAGUGUGUCGAUAAUCCGUAAACUAGUAUCUAGAGGAGCGAAUCCGUUGGAAAGGAACUUAAAGCAGCAAAACGCACUGCACCUUGCCAGUCGAGCUGGCGACCACGACGCGGUUGCUGUUCUAAUUUCGCUGGGAGUCAACCCCGCCUUAACGGACAACGAGGGGCUCAAUGCUCUUCACUACGCUGCACGAAGCGGUGACCAUGAAACAAUCAGUGUUCUUCUAGAAGCAGCUAUGGCAACAAGACCAAGCCUAGUGGCGUCGAAGGAUAAUCAGGGUAGAAACUCGCUCCACCACCUGCUUUCUACGUCUGCAGUUCGGCAUGAGACAAUCCAGUUGCUGCUCGACAAGGGGGUAGAUGGUUCAGAGUUGGAUGCAUCUGGCAACUCACCGUUGGCGAGCUACUUCAAACGACCAAGGCGGGGUGCACUAUAUGCCGAAAUUUGUCAACCAUUGCUUUUGGUUAAAGGAAACGCUUUAUUUGUCGACAAAAAUGGACAAAACCUAGGACACUUGGGUGCUUUAACUUGGAGAUGCAGGGUUGAAGUUUUAGAGAUGCUAAAGGAACACGGUGUCGAUCUAACACAGAAAGACUUGCAGGGCAAGACAAUGUUGCACUAUUUUGCGAUAAGCGGAUAUCUUACCAAGGAAUCUUUGCAUUAUCUUGUCCAUGUUGUUGGCAUUAAGAUAGAUACAAAGGACGCGUCUGGAAAAACAGUGCUGCAGCAUGCAGCAGACCAAGCACGGAAAGCUCGCCAUCUAGACACCUUCGAUCGUGGACGCUGGGAUAGAAGUAUGAAGCUAUUGCUGGAAUCCAGUGGCAUUUGA